GCGGCCUGACCGUGGGUCCGGGCUCCGAGACUCCGGGCCUCAAGUCCUUCUUGGCCCGAGUGGGAGGAGCUGUGGGCGACGAUGGCGGAGGGCUGAGGGACGCGCGGCGGGGGUCGCAGCCCGGUGUCGUCAAGGGGACCCGAGGCCCACCGCCCCGCCCAGGAGGCCCUGCUGUCCGGAGCGCCACGUGGGCUGCGGGAGCCGGAGGCCGGGGAAGGAGGGGAGCGGCCUUCGCGGACUGGGCUUGGAGGGCCCUAGACCCUGGACCCAGCCACCACCCCUUUCCCGUGCCCGGACGGGACGCAUCCAGGGCCCAACGUGCCGCGUGACCACCUGGCUUUCUCCGCCUUCGUAUUUCUUUUCCAGGUGCGCGAUCUUGCUGGCCCCCAACGCCUGAGAAGCAUGAAGCUCCUGUGUUUGGUGGCGGUGGUCGGGAGUCUGCUGGUGCCCCCAGCCCAAGCCAACAAGAGUUCUGAAGACAUCCGGUGCAAGUGCACCUGUCCGCCAUAUAGAAACGUCAGCGGACACAUUUACAACCAGAAUGUGUCGCAGAAGGACUGCAACUGCCUGCACGUGGUGGAGCCCAUGCCAGUGCCCGGCCAUGAUGUGGAGGCCUACUGCCUGCUAUGCGAGUGCAAGUAUGAGGAGCGGAGCACCACCACCAUCAAGGUCAUCAUCGUCAUCUACCUGUCAGUGGUGGGUGCCCUCCUGCUCUACAUGGCCUUUCUGAUGCUGGUGGACCCUCUGAUUCGAAAGCCGGAUGCCUACACCGAGCGACUGCACAACGAGGAGGAGAACGAGGACACUCGUUCUGCGGCGGCCUCAGCCUCCUUCGGGCCCCGGGCGAACACAGUCCUGGAGCGUGUGGAGGGCGCUCAACAGCGGUGGAAGCUGCAGGUGCAGGAGCAGCGCAAGACGGUCUUCGAUCGGCACAAGAUGCUCAGCUAGACGGCGGUGCGGCCAGGUCACGGUCACAGCGAGGACCGCAGGCCGCAGCGGCCCGCCUCCCGGCUGGGCGGAGCCGGGGCCUCUCCUUCCCCUCGGGGCCGCCUUCCCUUUAGAAGGGGCUUCCCUCCAAAAGCCCCAGACAUUUUUCUUUCUCCUUCUCUUUAGAAACGUCAUGCUUGGCUGGUUAGUUCAGGAAGAAUGAGGGUCCAUGGUCUCUGGUUUGCCUGCUCAGGUGGUCUUUGGGUGGAGGGAAGGUGACGACAGGGCAGGAGGGGCUGGGGGGCGGUCUCAGGACAGGAGCUUCCCCCUGCCACCCUCCCAGCUCAGCCUCACUCUAGCCCUCAGGACGGCCCCGUGGGGUCACACCUGGACGCCGUUCCAUGCCCUUGCCUACUCUGCCGCCUGGCCCCGGCUCCACUCCAGAAGCCGGGUGGUGCCCCCGCCCCGGCCCCCGGCCUGCAGUUGCCGGGCCCCUGGUGGGCCCCUGAGGCUGUGCUCUGAGCACCUGGGUUCCUGCUCUCGGAUCACCACCUGUCCUUGAGCUUCCUCGUACCGGUGCGCGGAGAAAGGUCGUCCUCUCCUUGUCUGUAAAUCAAGGAGGCACCAUUAAACUGUCAUUCUUCUCA